AUGCCAUAUCAGACGCGUAGCGACAACGCCAAUGGUGGUGCAGGCCUCUCUUUCUUUGGGAUGGUGGGCGGGGCGAUGGCAUUGCUUAAAUUGAAGACAAAGUACGACCAGUAUAAGGAGGCGUCGACGGACGACGAAGAGGGACGGGUAGCACUGACGAGCGCCACCCCCUUUACGGAUAGUGAACACGACGCCUUAGGUGAGAGUGGUCAAGGGCGUAUCGCACUUCCGGACGCGGAGUUCCCUUCAACGACUGGAAGGAGGACAAAGAAGAGGGCGUGCUGUAUGUGCUGUGGGAUGGAUUGCUCUCUGUUCUGGAAAGCUAUUGGGAUCGUCCUUGGACUAUACACCCUAUACUAUGGUUUUAAAGCUUUCAAGUGGGCUCUCACUGACCCACCCACAGGAUUAGAGAACAUGCCCGCGUUCAGUACAUCCCUUGGAUGCGCCGAUGCGCCCUACAUCUAUAAUAAAACAGGAGUCUCGCAAGUGAUUCCUCUCGGACAGCAGGACGACCAUAGCCUUGACAUUCGUGGUGGUGCAGUAGGCACAAUCACUAUUGUUGACGGUGAUGCCGACUCUACGCAUAUCAAGUACGAGAUGACAAUCCGCACGGACAAGGAAGAACUGCUUGAGGACGUUCGCUUCAUUUUGCCAGACAUCGCAAGCGAUGGAACUGUUACGAGGGGUAGGUAUAUCAUUGAAACAUCGCGCAUUCCGAGCGUGAACACGGCCCACUGCAUGCGUUUCGAUAUUAACUUGAUUAUUCCACCCACCCUCAAAAGGCUUGGUGUAUCGUCGCACGUCGAUACCCAUGUGUCCUUUGCUCGAGGCAGUCGUGCUGCUAGCAUUGAACACCUCUUUGUGCGACUCUUCCAGUCCAUCAGUAAUGGCCCCGUGAACAAUAUUAUCAAGACCAACUCUGAAGUCGUACCGAAGAAAGCGACGUACGAAGUGUACCGCGGCUGGAUUGUGGGUGAGGCCUCCGUGGUGAAUGACAUCGAAAUUGCGACUCAGCGCGGUGACGGUGUUGCGAAUGUCAAAAUUACGCCAUCCAUCCCUCAAGACCCGUCCAAGAACGAGCCAGCGACGAUUCUCACUGUUACGGGAGUGGGCCGUUCAGAUUUUACUGUCGUGAGCCAAAAAGCCUUCAAGAGGCAGAUCAAAAGCACGCAUUCAUCGUCAGGGAAUGGGGAUAUGUAUCUGAACUAUGCCGAGGCCGACUUCAAUGGAAAGAUCAGCCUUCAUUCAAAGUCGUACACUGUGACCGGGGCUACGCCUCUCAGGAAACCUUUGGGGGGUGAUGAUGAUGACGAUGACGAUGACGAGACUAGAUGGACGCACUUCCACGGAGAUAAGAGCGGGGGAGACGAGAUCCAUGUCGUUUCGCGAGCCUGGACCAGACUUUCUUUGUGA